AUGGCUUCGUUACUACAUUCUUCAUCUUCAUGGUCCUCUUCGUUGCCGAUGAAACCAAACAUGGGAUUGAUGGUGAUGCUUCCUCCAACAACGCUAAAGCCUUCGAAGCUGUGUUGUGUUAAGAACCCCAACAGCGAGGAAGUUGUCAAUUCGAUUGAAGCUAAAAAAAUCGGUCCUGUUGAUCCUGUAAAGCUCGCGUUUGAGAAAGCUAAAGCUUAUAAAAAUUCGAUUAAAUCUAAGUCUAGUUUGGGAAUUGAGGAAAGUAGUGGUGGCGAAGGCAAUUCGGUUAAAGAGGAUACAAAUGUUAUUGAUGGAGGGAAAAAGGAUAUGCCAGUUUCGGUAAAGAUUGCUAUGGAGAAGGCUAGGAAGUAUAAGCAGAAUAAAGGAGUUGCUGUUACUGUUAGUGGAACUGAUCAAGGAUUACAGGAAGGGAGAGUGAGGACGUGGGAUGAAAAUAUGAAUGACAAUAGUGUUGGUAAGAAAGUUGAACUGUCUGUUUCAAAGAUGGAUUUUGUGGGGCUUGGUUUUGCGGAUAAGCCGAAGACAAGGGGACUGCCGCCUGGUCUGGUUCCUAUUUCAGACUCUUACUUAGAUGGUGACUUACCUGAGGUGGAGUUUAUUGUCGGAGACACAACAAAAUUCGAUGCAAAAACAACAGCUCUGCAACCUCAACAGACUAUGGAAGAUGAGUCAGAACUGUAUAAGCCAAAAGUUUCUACAUGGGGUGUAUUUCCUAGACCUAACAAUAUUUCAAAAACAUUUGGAGGUGGAAGAGUUAUACGUCCUGGAGAGGUUUUAGAGACUGAAGAAGAAAAGGCGAUAAAAGAAGAGCGCACAAAGCAGAAGCUUGCUGCUUACAAGAAGAAAUAUGGAUUAAAUAUUGAUCCAAAGCUAAAAGCCGAGUGCCAGGAGGAAUUGAACAAAGGGGACUUGUUAAUGGAUGCGGGAAAACUGAAGGAUGCAUUACCCUAUUAUGAGAAGGUUAUUGACAAAUUACCCUUCCAGAGUGAGCUCCAUGGAUUAGCAGCCUUACAAUGGUCGAUUUGUCUAGACUCCCUCAGUAGGCACAAUGAAGCUCGAAGUAUGUAUGAAAAGCUUCAAUCUCACCCAAAUGUUAAAGUAGGCAAGAAAGCAAGACAUUUCAUGUACAGCUUUCAGGCUAUGGAAAUGAUGAAGGUGAGGACAGGUUCUUCUCCUUAUUUAAAGAACACAUUCUACCAGAGUUAUUUUGAUGCCUUUAUUGAAAAGAAAACAGACAAUACUGUUAAAGUUAAAGAUGAAGUGGUUCAAGAAAGUUCGAUGAAUCAGGUUAUUCUGUAUAUUCUUUUUCUAACUUCUCCUAUUUUUGUUGUACUACUUCUUGCACUGCAGAAAAGAAUAUAA